AUGGCCGAGUGUCCGAUCAAGAAAGCCAAUGUCGGUGGUGGUGGCACCCGCAACGACGAUUGGUGGCCAAACGGUCUGAAUGUCAAGAUCCUCCGUCAGCGCACACCCGUCACCAACCCAUUCGGCGAGACGUUUGACUACCCCAAGGCAUUCCAGAGCCUAGACUACAAUGCCCUCAAGAAGGACCUCCACGCCCUCAUGACCGAUUCACAGGAUUGGUGGCCGGCCGACUUCGGUCACUACGGUGGACUCUUCGUGCGUAUGGCAUGGCACAGCGCCGGUACCUACCGCGUGGGUGACGGUCGUGGUGGUGGCGGUGAGGGUCAGCAGCGAUUCGCUCCCCUCAACAGCUGGCCCGACAACGUCUCGCUUGACAAGGCACGACGACUGCUAUGGCCAAUCAAGCAGAAGUACGGCAGCAAGAUCUCGUGGGCCGACCUGUUCCUGCUCACGGGUAACGUUGCCAUUGAGUCCAUGGGACUUCCAACACACGGCUUUGCUGGUGGCCGUGCCGACACAUAUGAGGCCGAUGAGUCGGUCUACUGGGGUGGCGAGACUACCUGGUUGGGUAACGAGGUCCGCUAUUCUGACGGCAAAGAGGGUCUCGAUGGCCACGGUGUCGUGGAUGGUGACCAACACAAGAAGGCACACACCGACAUCCACGGCCGUGAGAUGGAGCAGCCCAUCGCUGCGGCCCACAUGGGUUUGAUUUACGUCAACCCAGAGGGCCCAGACGGCAAGCCCGACCCCGUUGCAUCUGCCCGGGACAUCAGGACGACAUUCGGCCGCAUGGCCAUGAAUGACAGAGAGACUGUUGCUCUCAUUGCCGGCGGACACGCUUUUGGCAAGACCCACGGUGCUGCGUCUUCCGACAACAUCGGCAACGAGCCAAAUGCUAUGGGCCUUGAGGAGCAAGGCUUCGGUUGGACCAACAAGCACGGAUCCGGCAAGGGCCCAGACACCAUCACCUCUGGUCUUGAGGUCACCUGGACCAGCACCCCAACUAAAUGGAGCAACAAGUAUCUCGAGUACAUGUUCAAGUACGAGUGGGAGCUUACCAAGUCUCCUGCCGGUGCAAACCAGUGGGUGGCCAAGACCGACGACCUCAUCAUUCCCGACGCGUACGAUGCCAACAAGAAGCACAAGCCAACCAUGUUGACUUCUGACUUGGCUCUUCGCUUCGACCCAGAGUAUGAGAAGGUUUCCCGUGACUUCCUUGAGAACCCAAAGAAGCUCGAGGAGGAGUUCACCAAGGCAUGGUUCAAGUUGCUGCACCGUGACAUGGGCCCACGUUCGCGCUGGUACGGACCCGAGAUCCCCAAGGAGGAGGCUAUCUGGGAGGACCCAGUGCCCGCCGCGAACUAUGCCACCAUUGAUAAGAACGAUGUUGCAGCGCUGAAGAAGGCCAUCAUCGCCACCGGUGUUGAGCCAACUGCUCUCAUCAGCGCCGCCUGGGCUUCUGCCUCCUCUUUCCGUGGCACCGACAAGCGUGGCGGUGCCAACGGCGGUCGCAUCCGUCUCGCGCCCCAGAAGGACUGGAAGGUCAACAACCCAUCUCAGUUGAGCAAGGUUCUGUCCGCCCUCGAGGGUGUGCAGAAGGACUUCAACGCCCAGUCUGGUAGCAAGAAGGUCUCCAUCGCCGAUCUUGUCGUUCUUGCUGGAUCCGCUGGUAUCGAGCACACCUCCGGCGUUCAGAUUCCAUUCACACCUGGUCGCACCGACGCAACACAGGAGCAGACCGAUGCCGAUUCCUUCAAGCACCUCGAGCCAUCUGCUGAUGGUUUCCGCAACUAUGGCAAGGGCACCGACCGUGUGCUCACCGAGCAGAUCCUCAUCGACCGCGCAUACCUCCUGGGCCUGUCCGCACCUGAGCUCACAGUUCUUGUCGGUGGUCUCCGCUCCCUGAACCAGAACUUCGAUGGCUCCAGCCAUGGUGUCCUCACCCAAAACCCAGGCAAGCUCUCCAACGAUUUCUUCGUCAACCUGCUCGACAUGAACACACAGUGGAAGCAGGCCGGAUCCUCUGAGCUUUACGACGGUAUUGACCGUAAGAGUGGUCAGAAGAAGUGGACCGCUACUCGCAACGACCUGGUAUUCGGUUCUCACGCCGAGCUACGCGCUAUUGCUGAGGUUUACGGUGCGGCUGAUGGCAAGGAGAAGUUCACCAAGGACUUCGUUUCCGCUUGGGAGAAGGUUAUGAACAACGACCGAUUCGACCUGAAGCGCUCUGGUGCCGUCUCCGCGAGAUUGUAG